AUGGAAGGGACGUUGGAGCGCCCCUUCCAUCUGUUGGUCUGCGGCUUCCUCAUCUGUUUUCUCUUCCACGAGGCUGCAUCUCACAUCACACUGUACAUUCAGGUCGGGGUCCACACCAUCCGUGUUCCUCUGCGCGCUGCUGUCAUUCUUCGCGCCAACCUCUCCACGCCUCGACUCGCACCCGUCAGUACGCUUGCGAGACGCGCUCCCACGCCCGACUACAACCCGGCCACACAUCAAGUUGCUCUCGUCUUGUCUUCCCCUCGACCAAACUAUUCCCCAGACCAGUCGCAAGCAGCCGUCAUGGCACAGCACCAGCAACCUUCGCCCACCACGGGCAUGCCUCCACACCAUAUUGGACAGCAUCCUGCGCACGCGCAGGUGAAUGGACACCCGCCGCACGCGAACCAGCCCAAGACAUCGUCGCAGUACUUGGGGCAAUUGACCGAGGCUGUGUGGACUCAGAUGGGCUCUCUUUCUGAGCAGAUGCAAGACUAUGACGGUGCUAUGCAAUGCUACGAGCAGGCCUUGAAGUUCAAUCAGUGGUCUGUGCCAGCUAUGCAAGGCAUCGCAUGCAUCCUGCGCACCAAAGAUGCCUUUCCAGCAGCCGUUGAAUACUUGCGCACUAUUCUCAAGGUCGAUCAAGCCAAUGGCGACGUCUGGGGUAGCCUCGGUCAUUGCUACUUGAUGAUGGAUGACUUGCAGCAGGCAUACUCUGCCUACCAGCAAGCUCUGUAUCAUCUGUCUGACCCAAAGGAGCCUAAGCUUUGGUACGGCAUCGGAAUACUCUAUGAUCGCUACGGAUCCCUCGAGCACGCCGAAGAGGCUUUCUCGCAGGUUAUGCGCAUGGAGCCUACAUUUGAAAAGGCCAACGAGAUUUACUUCCGCCUUGGCAUAAUCUACAAACAACAGCAGAAGUUCAACCAGAGUUUGGACUGCUUCAAGUACAUUGUCACGAACCCUCCCCGCCCACUCACUGAGGAAGACAUCUGGUUCCAGAUCGGACAUGUGUACGAACAGCAAAAAGAGUUCGAAGCGGCAAAGGGCGCCUAUCGCCGGGUCCUCGAGCGUGAUGCCAACCAUGCCAAGGUCCUACAGCAGCUGGGAUGGCUACACCACCAGCAAAGCACCAACUACGCUAGUCAGGAGCAGGCCAUUGAGUACCUGGAGAAGUCUGUUGCUUCCGACCAAACAGAUGCGCAGAGUUGGUACCUGCUGGGACGUUGUUACAUGUCACAGCAGAAAUAUCCCAAAGCGUACGAGGCUUAUCAGCAAGCUGUGUACCGUGACGGCAGGAACCCAACCUUUUGGUGCAGCAUUGGUGUAUUGUAUUACCAGAUCAACCAGUACCGCGACGCGUUGGACGCAUACUCCCGUGCAAUCCGCCUCAACCCCAACAUCUCCGAAGUUUGGUACGAUCUCGGCACACUGUACGAGUCCUGCAAUAACCAGACAGCGGAUGCACUGGAUGCAUACCAGCGUGCGGCCGACCUCGAUCCGUCCAACGUACACAUCAAGGCUCGCCUACAACUUCUGCAAAAUGGGCAAACGUCGGCGGGCGCCCCGAACCAGGGCAACGCUCCCAUUCCACAGGACGUUCACCCUCAAGCCUACCAGCCUGCUUCUGUUCAUGGCCCUACUGCUCCUCAAUGGGGCGCACCUCAGCCUCAGCAACCUCCACAAGGCCCUGCUCCCCCAGCUUUGGCGCCUGGAUGGGAUCGCCCUCUGGCACAGAUCCGUGAUCCUGGUCUUCCACCCCAGCAGUUGAACCCAUAUGAGCAGCGUGAGGGCAUUCGACCGCCUACACAACAUGCACCUCAAAGACCUGUAAGCCCGAGACAGGAAGCACCCAGGUCGUACGCAGAGCCUCCCCGCCCUCCUACAAACGGUCCUGGUCCUCAGGGCCCCGCCGGUCCUCCACCUCCAGGGCCACCAGGACCAAUGCGUCGCGGCAUGUCUCCAUCCCCGAAGACACACCAUGCUGCUCCCAGCCCUUACCAUCCUCAGCCGCCGCAACUUACGCCGCAAGCGGUUCACGCACAACCACAGCCACCUCUACACCAGCAACCGCCCCAGCCUAACCGUAUUUCCAACCCUAAUUACGGCCCCCACGCUGGCAGUGUCCCUCCUCCACCUCCUCCUCCACCUACUGGUCUCGGCGGCCCACCAACUCAAGCCCCGAGCCAGAGUACCGCGCCUCCCUAUGGUGUUCGCCCUGCCAGCCCACCACCGGAAGUGCGCCCUAUUGUCGAGAACCGGGCGGGAUCUCCACGGAACGGCUACCAGGGACCAUACCAGCACCAUGCUGAUCCUUCUGCUACUGGUGGUAUUGCCAGCGGAGCUCCUCCGCCAGCUUCUGCCCAGACUGCUGCCGAGCAAGCAGCCCGUGAACGUGACGAUAGGCCGCCGACUGCUCCGCCAGUUAAGCGACACCGCGAAUGGGAAACUGAAAGCGAGCACAUGAGUGCAAAGCCUCCUUCGAACGAAGAGAAGCGCCAGAAGAUGGAAGAGCCUCACAGUCGUCGCCCAACUCCCCCGCACCGCAUGUCGUCUCCCCAGGUGCCACGUCAGAGCCCUCAGGAGGGGCCUGAUCCUCGCCGCUUCAACGAUGGUUAUCACCCAUCUGAGGCUGCUCACCAUCCGCCUUCGCUUCCGCCUAUGGCAGCUGCGCGACCAUUGUCGCGCAUGUCGGAGACACCAAAGCAGGAGCGACCGGAGCAUCACGAACCGGCUGCUCGACACAUGGAUGUGGAUGAGAACUACGAUGAUGAGGGCGAUGAUGCGAAGCCCAAUGCGCCCAAGUCUGAGCGCAGUAGCCCUCGCAAUGCUUCCACCAACGGCGUUCCUCAUGCUCCCACUCCAGCUGAGCAAAAGUCUUAG